CAUUCGAAGAUGACAAGAAUGUGGUCCUGCGGACUUUCGGAUGUUUUGGGGAGAACGUUUACCUUCCCAUUCUUUUUUUAAAGGAAAAUAUGUUAAACUCAAAGGUAGACAUUUAGUCAUGUUCAAUAAUUUCUCAAAUGAAUGCUUGUUUUUGAGUCUAACGAAAAUAACACUUAAGAUUUCCGGUCUCAGAAGAUGUGAUGACCAUUGAAGAAAAACAAACGAAAUUUGGAGGUAUUUGAAGGCUGGAAUGCUUCCUACAAAGUUUAAAUCUACAAUUUCUUCGGCUUUAUACUGUGCCUUGUGUCAAAACGUAUUUAAUGAUCCUGUUAUAUCGACGCGUUGUGGGCAUACCUUUUGUCGAGCAUGUAUCACAGGGAACAGAGGAAAUUCUGCUUGUCCAAUUGAUAACAUACCAUUUCAUCACUCGGAUCUUGUUGGAAAUAUUGCUUUAAAAGGACAAAUUGACGAUUUAGAGAUAUAUUGUCAACAUGGUCUGACCAGAAUUGAUUCAGAGGAUGACUUCUUGAUCGAUGAGGAAGGCUGCCCUGAGACCAUCAAACUUGGUGAGAGAGAUGCACACGAAGAAAUAUGUCCAUAUGCCCUCGUACCAUGUCCAAAUAGUGCAAAUCACUGUGGAAAGUUUAGAAGACGUGAUCUUGCAGAACAUUUGGAAAACUGUCCUCGUUAUCCUUGCAAGUACAGAAGUGAAGGUUGUGAAUUUAGUGGUACAAAAAUGGAAGUAGAGGAGCAUUUAAGGACAUCCUGUUUUAAACUCCAGGAAGGAUCUCAAUCAAACAAAAACAGAUUCUCAACAGGCAUUGAAAAUGUAGUUGUACAGUUGGUACAGCGUGUCUCGUGGUUAGAGGAAAAUCAAGUGUCAAUGGCCGAGCAACUUCAACGCUGUACAGAUGCCAUAUCCUCUCUGGAGACAACCGUUGAUAAACUAUCGCAUCAAUUGGAACGUGCUAUUGGUUAUCAAAAGACAAAUCAUGUUCGUCACGCGGCGUCUACGUCAUCCAUUGCUGAGUCAGCAUCAUUGCAUGUGGACAUACCAGAAAAAAAUCGCUCUCCUGUCUCGCCAAGAAUCCGAACCACGUCACAACUUUUCAAUCUUCAACCUUUACAGGCAGCUUUGACUAGUAAUGAAAACUGGAGAAUGCCAUUUAUGUUUAAAUGUUUAGGAACACUACGAGGUCAUCAGGAACCAAUAUUUGCAAUGACAUCUCGUAGUGGCAAGCUGUACAGUGCAGGAAAGGACAUGUUAAUUAAAGUGUGGGAUAACGAAGAUUUGACAAGGGGAUGCUUAGCUACAUUGAGGGGUCAUACUGACGAAAUUUAUGCCAUUAGUUCAACUCGUGCAACAUUGUUUACAACUGGUGCAGACAAAUCUCUUUGUUCCUGGAACAUGAACUCAUUAUCUGAACAAAAACGUGUUUUAGAUGCUCAUGAUGACAUCAUACGUGCCCUGGUGUGCACUGGGAAAUAUUUGUUCACGUCAUCACAGUCCUGCAUCAAGGUUUGGGAGUCGAAAACAUUAGAUUUCAUUCAUACGAUGGACGCUGGUUUAAAUCUCUGGGUCAGAGCAUUAGCUGUCAAUCAUUCCAAGGAUAAAAUUUUCAGUGGUUCUCAUAAUGCAAUACAUGUAUGGGAUGCAACAGGAUCUUUUCAUCUCGACAGAGAAAUUUCUCACACCUACGGUUCAGUUUAUUCUCUCGCUGUUACAAAAAAGUAUCUCAUCGUUGGAACCUACAAUCGUAAUACACAUAUUUUUGAUAUACCAUCAUAUGAUCACGUGAAGUCGUUGACAGGUCAUAUUGGAGCUGUUACCGCGGUAACGGCAUCACCUGGUGGACGCUACCUCUUCACUGCCUCUAGUGACUCCACUGCAAUGAUCUGGGAUCUUGAAAACAUGCUUCCUAUACAGGUGUUGACUCGUCAUGAAGCUGGUGUCAAUUGUCUUGCGGUCAGUGGUAAUCUGGUUUUUACUGGUUCUGAAGAUAAGGACAUAAAGGUUUACAAAUACUUCAAGCUGUUUACAUCGACGCCAGAUUAACGUACUGUGUAUAUGGUAUACCUGUGUUAUAGCUACUGUGUAUGUGGUAUACCUGUGUUAUAGCUACUGUGUAUAUGGUAUACCUGUGUUAUAGCUACUGUGUAUGUGGUAUACCUGUGUUAUAGGUACUGUGUAUGUGGUAUACCUGUGUUAUAGCUACUGUGUAUGUGGUAUACCUGUGUUAUAGCUACUGUGUAUGUGCUAUACCUGUGUUAUAGCUACUGUGUAUGUGCUAUACCUGUGUUAUAGCUACUGUGUAUGUGGUAUACCUGUGUUAUAGGUACUGUGUAUGUGGUAUAUCUGUGUUAUAGCUACUGUGUAUGUGGUAUACCUGUGUUAUAGCUACUGUGUAUGUGGUAUACCUGUGUACCUGUGUUAUAGCUACUGUGUAUGUGGUAUACCUGUGUUAUAGCUACUGUGUAUCUUUGCAUGGUUUCAAUGACUCCAUGAUUAUUAAGAGCUGAUAGUUUUAGCCAUUUCAAAUGAUUGUGUAUUUUUGUAUUUAUUAUUUUCGAUAUUUUUAUGAACAACAUGUAAAUAAGUAUUUGUAAAUACAGUCAAUUUAAUGUACAUAUAUGGAUGCAUCUCUAUUGAACAAUUGCUUUUUUUUAUUUAA